CGUCAAUUGUCAAUAUUGUUGAAAGAAAACAAACCACCAAACACUCUUAACUUUUGUGUCAAUAAGAAAAAAUAGAUUUUAUAAUUUUCAAGGUGGUCUGAAUAAGAUUUUUUUCUAAUUUGAAGAAUUCCGUCCAUAGUUUUGAAAAUAUAUCGCCAAAUAUGGACUUGCUUCUAAAGGACAAUCUAUGCAAAAAUUUUCGCUGAGGACGUAUUGUCUAAUCUAUGGGAAAAUGUCUUUUUCCUUACCAAACGGCAAACCAAAAAGGUUUUCCAUCGACGAUGCAUUCGAGGAAGAGACUGACGAAGCUAUCAAAGUGUAUGGCGCAACAGGACUUAGAUCUCCAAUAUCUAAUACAACAAGAAAUACAUUGGAUAGUGAUCAUAUUGAUGUUAAUAUGGAAAAUGGAAGGUUUGAAUAACAACUAUCGAACUUACAAAGUGGCAAAUGAUGCAUCCAGAGAUAGUGAUUCAUUAAUACAAGGCUAUUAUGACUGCUCCAGUCAAGAAAAUCUGAACCGUUCGUGCUUCAAUCAUCCAAAGGUGCAAGAAAAUUGGCGAAUGGUUCUUGCGGCUGCCACGCUUCUCAUUAUAGGUCUGGGACUUCUAAUGACCGGUAUGAUUACACUUGCUGAACCGAAUUCUGGUUUGCAAGGAUCAGUAUUUUUAUUAGCAGGGUUCAUCUGUUUUUUACCAGGAAUUUAUCACAUCGUAUAUAUUUAUUUGGCUGCAAAAGGGAAACGUGGAUACCAUUUUCACAAUUUGCCCUUAUUUACUUGAAUUUUUUAAGGGGCAAUAAAGUUCAUCAAAAGACCUUCACAUAUUUAUUUCAUAGAAGGUGUGAUAUUUUCACUUCUCUCUGUUUUUCUGAAACAAUUGUAAUGUUGAUAAAAUAUCUAACUGCUGAUUGUAAGAUUAUAAAAUUGAUCAAACAAUUGAAAAACAGAAAAUUAUAGUAGCACUUGAAAUGAACAUUUUUGAAUCAAGAACUGGUGUCUCCUUAAAUUAAUAGAAUAUUUCAAGUUGGAUUAAGCUUAUUAAGGCAAAUCUGAAGGGUUUAUGAAACAGAUUGUAUAGUUUGUUUUCGGUUAUUAAAACAAAUGAGAAUUGAACUGAAUUCCUCUAUAAAUUGAUGGAUGUAGCCCUUUCUAUGUGUUGCUCUUUAUUAAGACCUAAUAAAUUGUUGUGAAUAGAGUACUGAAGAAGGAAUACAGAGAAACCCAGAAUCUUAGGGGAGAAAAAUUUUAAACAAAAAAUAUUUUUCACAUAAAGUACUGACUUUUGUUAAAACGCCAAAAAACUGAAUUUGUAUAAUUUGCCGUUGAAUAUAUUCAUUUCAUAACAUGGAGGGUACCCAUCAUACAUUUGUAUAAAAUAUUCUGUUCAUUAUCUUCCUUAUAGGAUGCUGUAUCACAAUAUUCAAUAUGAAAUUUUUUCCUCAUAGGUAACACUUUUCGCUUUGACUGAUCAAAAUAAAAAUAUGUUUAUUUGACGAGGAUAGCCAAUAUUUGUAUUUAUAUUGAUGAAAAUUUGAAAUUAAAUCUGAUCUUAUGGAAAAAUAUGAAAAUUUUUGUAGUAAUAAUUACAUUAAAGUUGACAGAAUACCGUGAACAGCCUAAGAUGAGUUCUCCACAUGGCCAUUUGAUCCUAGCUAUAUGUUUAAAAUUUAAUGGUAUAUUCGGAAUGUAAUGGUGAUAUGCAUUUUUUGUAUCCACUGACGAGCAAUGAAAAAGUAGGCACUUUGUACAGAAAAUAAUGUAAAUGUGUUUAUUUUACUAUUCAUGAAUAGGAUAGACUACAGUCCAUUAUUGUAAUAAUGUAAGGAAUUUGCUGAGUAAUAUUACAUAUGUUUUCAUUGAAAAGUUUUAAUAAAUCAAAACGGCAUUGCACUGAGUUACUCACAAA